UUCCGCCGCCUGGCCGCGUCUUCUGCUUGCGCACGGGCACCACCGGCUGGGCCUUCUGGGUGCGCGGCGCGGGUAGGUCGCGCUGCUUCCGUGAAACAGCGGCUCGUGAAGACCCCGUGGCGACCUCCAUGCCCAAGACCUCCGGGCCUAGAGAGGUAAGGGUGGAUCUGCAGAGACUAAGUAUGAAGAUUUCUGGCAUGUGACUCAGUCCUCAUUGCUCCUGGCUCCCCAUUCUGCCCCCUUUGGAAUCUGCUGGCCCUGAGAGAUCUGUGAAAAGAGGAGAAAAUGGCCCCAGGAUUCCUGGCAGCAAGACCCUCAAGAAGUCCAGGACCCAGCCUGAAGUCCGGGCUGCUGGGACAUCUCCUCUCCUGCCUACAGGAACAAAACAGCUACCUGAGCAUGAAGGCUGCAGGAGGUUCCCCACAUGCAGGAGUUCCAUCUUUGGUGGAGACAACAUCUCCUGAAACUCCCUCUGGAUGUUCCAGGUGGAGUUUGGAGAGGCUGAAGAGAGAUUCCCUCAGCAGAGCUGCUGCACUGCCUUCUGAGGUUUCUGCCCUUCUUCAGGAAGAGGAGGAAAUGCCCAAAUUACAGGAACUGGUGACGUUCCAGGAUGUGGCUGUGGACUUUACCCAGGAGGAGUGGGAGCAUCUGGAUCCCUCUCAGAGGCACCUGUACAGAGAAGUGAUGUUGGAGAACUAUGGGAAUCUCAUCUCCUUGGCAGGACAUCUGCUGUCCAAACCAGAAAUGAUUUCCCAUUUUGAACAAGAAGAUGAUGUGUGGAUGGAGAAAAAAAUACCAAGAAGCUCCUAUUCAGGUAGACUGCUUAUUUCCUCUUCAUUUGUUCAGUCUGGAGGCAAGCCCUACCGCUGCAUGGAGUGUUCCAGAGUCUUCAACUCAGAAUUUGCUCUGAGAAGGCACAGGAAGGACCACAUGGGAAAGAAACCUCACACAUGUGAGGAAUGUGGGAAGGACUUCAGCCGUAGCUCCAACCUGUCCAUCCAUCGGCGAAUACACACAGGCGAGAAGCCCUACAGAUGUGGUGUGUGUGGGAAGGACUUCAGCCGCAGCUCCAACCUCUCUAUCCACCAGCGCAUCCACACAGGUGAGAAACGCUUCAGGUGCUCUGACUGUGGCAAGGACUUCAGCCGCAGGGCAGCCCUGCAGAUCCACCAGAGUGUCCACACAGGAAGGAAGCCCCAUGCCUGUAAGGUAUGUGACCGGGGCUUCACCUCUCGCUCUACGCUGGCACGACACCAGCAGGACCACGCAGGAGACAAGGCCUAUGUGUGUGACACAUGUGGCCGGGGCUUCAGCCAGAGAGCCAGCCUCUACCUGCACCAGCGUGUUCACACUGGGGAGAGGCCAUUCCGGUGCGAGGCCUGUGGGAAGUGCUUCAGCUGGAGCAAGGACCUGGGUAUCCACCAGAGGGUCCACACGGGAGAGCGGCCCUACAGGUGUGAGGCUUGUGGGAGGGACUUCAGGCAUCGCUCGGCCCUCAAGAGGCACCAGAGGGUGCACACAGGGGAGAAGCCCUACCCCUGUGCUGUGUGUGGGAAGGGCUUCAGUCAGAGAGUCCACCUGCAGACGCACCAGAAAGUGCACUGUAGGGAGAGGCUUCCAGGAUUGGGCUCUGCACAUGCAGGUGCCUUCCACAGCCAGGGAGAGUGCCAGGGCAUGGGUGCUGAGGUGCACAACAUGGAUCAGGCUUAAUGAUGUAUGGCAUUUAUUAGUAUUUAUACAGAAAAGAGGACAGAUCAACAGCACUUAGAUGGAGAAAUAGAACAUUUUCAGCCCUCCCAAAAGACCUCUGCAUGCUUCUUUCCACUCACUACCCCACAAAGGGAGUCGCUAUCCUGACUUCUAAAACCAUAGAUUGAUUUUGCAAGUUAUAGAAUAUCAUAUAAGUGGAAUUACGCAAUAUGUAAUCUUUCAUAUAGAACUUUAUUCACUCAAUGUCUGCAUCCAUGUUGUUGCAUGUAUUCAGAGGUUCAUUCAUUUUAUUACUGAGUAGUAUUCCAUUAUUUGAAUGAACCACAGUUUGUCCAUUCACCUGUUGAUGGACGUUUACAUUUGGGUUAUUUCCAGGUUUUCCAGGUUUUGUUCGUUAUGAAUAAAGCUGCUGUGAGCAUUUGGGUACACA